GGCAAACUGACUUGUUUGAAAUUUAAUAAGCAGUCUCUUAGGUAGAAAUACUUGAAUAUGCAAAUAGUGACACUGAAUUUAGUGAUCUUAUGACUUGAACUGUGUCUGUCCUUGCAGAUAUUUUCCAACCUGCAUGCGCGCGCUUGUGUCACGUGUGUGCAUGCGUGCGUGCGUGCGUGCGUGCGCGUGUGUGUGUGUGUGUGUGUGUGUGUGUGUGUGUGUGUGUGUGUGUGUGUGUGUGUGUGUUUUUCGCUGUCUGCGUCGAAUAAUGAAACUUUAUUGGUCGGGAAGAGUGACAAACAUAGAAGUUCUGCAAAGAGCUGAAAUGACAGGAACUGACUACAUGUUGACUCAACAACUAAAGUGGGUAGGUCAUGUCGCAAGAAUAGAUGAGAGACGUUUACCAAAGCAAGUUCUAUAAGGUCCGUUGUUACAUGCACCAAGAAAAAGCUGGUGGUCAGAAGUUGAAGUUCAAAGACACUCUAGGACACAAUCUACAGAAUGUUGAUAUUGAUCACAAAAUUGGGAAAUGAUAGCAUGUGACCGUUUAAUGUGGAAGAAAAAUAUGAUAUUAGGUUUAGAUCAUUACGAGGAAGGUAGAAUUGACAAAAUUGAAGAAAAGAGACUAAUGCGGCACAACUAUACACCACAAAAUUUGACUACUGGUACAAAGAAUGUUUGUAAUAUCUGUCAUCGAGUAUGUUGUUUCAGAUUUGGACAUUUUGCACAUGAAUGUGCUCAUCAAAGACAAAUUGUAAACAACUGCUGAAUGGAAGUCAUGAACUCAUUAUUGAGUAGCGAAAAAAAGCAGUGUGUGUGUGUGUGUGUGUGUGUGUGUGUGUGUGUGUGUGUGUGUGUGUGUGUGCGCGCGCGCGCGCGCGCGCUUGCGUCCGUGCAUCCGUACCUAUCUGCCUGCCUGCCUGCGCCUGUGCACUGCAAGCAAGGAAUGGUUGUACAUGCAUGUAUCCCCAUAUAGGGUGAAUGAACAUAGAUUUGGUGCAGUGUGUUCGCCAAAAAUUCAAGUUGUCGGAGCGAUGAGAGUAUCAGUAUUCGAAGUAGCCUGGGGCUCGUUUACACUACGUAGAUAGUGAGUUGGGGUAGUAAACCCAAAAAGGUGCCAUGGCCCUUCUGAACCAAUAAUUUUUUACUUCACUUGCAUUACUCCAAGCUGCUAUAAUGAAUACAUGUUUGUCUCGCAAUCUUCCUUCUGGCACGUGAAGCUGGGCAAAUUCGUAUGACGUUACCUACCCCACAAAGCCCUAGUAGCUAGAUAAUGGACAAGUCUCGCUAGACCGGAUGCAUAUGAGACUUCUGUCCGAAAAAAGUAAUUUCAAUAAUUCUUUCUGAUCAGGAUUUCUGGUUUCUUCCAGCUAAUGAACUGCGUGUAUGGACAGUAGAGCCACGACCCCACCCACAAACAAAAAUUGUCCGGAUAACACAUCUUGACCACGCCUUCAAGAGUUUCAAUAACUUGACUGACGAAUUGUGCACGUUUCUUCCAAGUGUGUGACGUUCCCGCUAUUUGUACAAGGUUGCAGCUCUCUAGAUUGCGGCAAACCAGUUUGGGUGGGCAGUCCCCACAACGUACGUCCAUUUCAGUUUCUCUGUGAGAGCAGCAGUUGCUUUUACUAUAAAAGGGACGGAAACGGCUGCUAUACGUUUUGAAUACCUCUCAUCUCAACAUCUCUAGCUCUAAAGAUGGAAUUUGUUAAUCCUUUACAGUCUUCGAGAACAAGACCUAAGCAUUCUGCAUUGCUAACGUUAGGCAAAGGAAGGUCUGUGAGUAGAUCGAUCGCUGGGGUCAGCCGGCCACAAACAACAAUAGAACUCGCGGCAAGCACAAGCGACUUGACAAUUGACACUACAAGCGUAGCUGAGUCAUUUCGACAUCAAGCUGAUGGAGCCUCGGUUGUAACCGAACACAACGAAAAAGACUGCAAUGUUACAGACGACAUCUUGACAACAGAAGCAGAACUGAAGACGUAUGACGAUGACCUCCAACAUAUGAUGUCAGUGUUGCAGAGGAGAUCUGCGACUAAAGACAAAUUAGUGACCCAGUACCGUUCGAAAGUCGAACAGCUUGAAACGAAGAUUUCUCAACAAGAUGCCUUGCUGAAGAAAAAAGAAGAUGAAAUUGCUCGUCUGAGGAACGAAGCUCGCCAUGCAAUUAAGAAAGCAAGAAAUGAAUGUGCGAGCCUGCAGUCUCAGCUAAUAAUUGCAAGAAAGCAAAUUCAGCAACAAGCAACGGAAAUCAGCGACCUCAAGGUAUUGGUGAAGAAAGAGAAAGCACGAGGUGACAAGGCACAGGCAGAUCUAGACAAACGUGGGCUUGAGGUACAACGGCUGACUGAAGAAUUGGCGUCCGCGAAAGAGGAGAACAAUAAAUUAAUUGAAGUGGAAACUGAAAUGAACCAAAACAUCGAAGAAAUGAAAAAAUUUACGACAACCUUUUUUCAAAAGCAAGAGAAUCUCCGCCACAAAGUUGUAGAGCAGAAAACACACGAAUCAUUACAAAUCAUGCAACCACACGUUGUUGUUGCAGACGCGACAACACCAGGACUAGCUGGUACAGUAACUGUACACCGUGUACUAUCACAACAGACCGAGUCUCUUUGGGAGCAGAGAGUAAGACCUCACUUCGAUAGCAUUACUAGAGCUUUGUCUCCCAAAAAGAUCCUUCCUAAGCUCUACAGCAACAAGUUAAUUGAUCACAACGAGUUCAGCAGUUUGUCUGGCAGCAAACAGAGUGAGCAGGAUAUCGCAACAGAAUUGUUGAGAGACAUUCUGAUAAAGAAAGGAGACGACGCCUUCGGGAAGUUCUGUGCAACACUUCGAGAUGUAGAAGGCCAACGUGAGAUUGCAGAUUUCAUUGACCCUCGGCCAACUGUCUGAGGGCAGUCUGGUCAAGUGACAGUUGUAUUUGAUUGGUACUUGCAGUUGUAUUGUCUAGAUUUAAUUGUUUUUGCGAUUGUCUGUCCUUAUAUCUAGAGUAUACUGUACUUGCAUGUUUGCUACAUUAUGCUAUAGUAUGGCACUUGACAUAUCAUAGGCGCAAGAGUUGUUUGGAGGGAAACCUAGACACUAAACUUUUGGGAGUACAUGUAACGCGAGUGAGGCAGGAAAAUUUAAUGCCCCAUU